UGGGCUCACAACUCACGAUCAGAUCAUGCCUUUGAUACUGGGCAUUGCUAUGGGCCUGAGAAUAACCUUGUUGUCGUGCCCCCAAGAAAGUAUUCUGUUGCUUGGUUGUAUCGCUGCAGCAUGCACUCUCCUUGUAUUCAUCAUCGGCCUUAUCUACAUUGCUCUGUUCAGAUCAUUCUCAACUAGCAAGGACGACAGCAACGACUCCGAAGACAAUCUGCCCGAUGUUGAAGAUCUCUUUGUCAUGCACCUCGGAAAAGACGAAGACAAGCAUUUCCUGGUUCUGAAGGUAGAUCUCCUUGAUAUACUCAGUGCACUCAAGAGGAACAUCAGGAGAGGCUUUAGUCCGGUCGUUACUCCAAUACUCGCGUUACGUAUCGAGCUUAAGGACUGCGAGGAGAAUCCGGCUGCUAAGGAAGAUUUUGUUGAUGAAGUUGUCGUUGCAGCUGAGCGUGUGGUUGACGAUGUGAUGGAGGCUUCCAUUGCUGGAUUCACUCAGAACAGUGAUAUCUAGACGAGCUUCCGCUGGGAUAUGGCACUUGACCUUCAGUCGAUGGUAGCGGUGAGAGAGGUGGCAGCGUGAUCAUCGGCGUGAAAUGGACAUCGAGAAUGAACGAGAGGCUCGUAUUACAGCCCAGCACGAACACCGG